AUGAACAGGCAGGAAAUUGAGGAAGCAUAUCAGAAGGAUCUUGAAAUGCAAGCUCUUAUAACGGCUAUUAGAAAAAACCGCUGGCCACGAAAUCAAACUGGUCAUAUUUGUAACGAACUAACAGUUUCAGAUAACGGUAUCAUACAACAAGGAAACCGACUUGUUAUGCCCAAGAAACUACGAAGCCACACAUUAAAUAUUGCACAUGCGCAACACCAGGGUAUCGUGUAAACUAAAACCUUACUUCGAACAAAAGUAUGGUGGCCGGGAAUAGAUCGCGAGGUUGAAACGCUUAUCGCUUCCUGUAUUCACUCUCAAGCUGCAAACAAUUCUAAAAUAUUGGAACCGUUGAAAAUGACCACAAUGCCAUUCAAACCAUCGCAAGUGAUUCAUGGGGAUGUUUGUGGACCAUUCCCCAGUGGGGACUAUCUUUUGGUGUUAAUGGAUAAACAUGCCCGAUUUCCUGAGGUUGAAAUCAUUCGAUUGACUACAACCGCUGUCACUAUUGGAAAACUUGAGAAAAUAUUUUCGGUUCAUGGAUUCCCAAUUGAAUUUGUUAGCGAUGAAUUUAAUUU